CCAGUGAGUCCAGGCUGGCCUGGACGGCUCCCUCUGAGCUGUCCAAGGCAGUGAUCGACGGCACGACGACCUGCCUAGCGAUAUUGGUUGGCUCUAUCACCAUGCCGGCCCCAUAGUUUAGUAGGUGGUGUCCACCUCUAGGGCGAUCUGUUUUUCAGGGCAGGGAUGACUCAUUGGACCGUCUCGGCAGGGAGAGAGCGCCAGGCAGACGGGCAAGGCCAGGCAGACGGGCAGAGCGCCAGGCAGACGGGCAGACAGCUACGCAGACAGCUACGCAGACAGCUAGGCAGACCACCAGGGAAAGACAGCCAGGCAGAGACCGCUAGGCACACCGCCAGAGCCACACUGCCUGCCCACCACUGCCCAGCGAGCCCACCACGCCAACAGACGGACCGUGGCACGCUGAUACAGCCAGCACUCCCUCACCACAUCCUCAGCUACACAGCACCACGCCAAUUGCACAGCACCACCUUUCCGUCGACUGCCCCCCUGCCAGUCCUCCCUGGAGGCCCAUACGUCAUAGGCAUCAUCGCCCGGCCUUCGCACGGCGAAAUUCAUACCCACACUCCCUGCCCGUGUUGUGCCACUACAAGGAAGAAAUUUAUUCCACGGGCUCGCAAAGCACAACACCUCCUCCAACCUGGCCAAAGUCUCUAGAAAGACCGGAUCCUGGUGCUCGGUCUAUUCAGUAGAAGCGCUUGAA